GAGAGUCCUGAGGUUUGCUCUCUGCCUGCAGAGUCACUGCAGCCUGGGUGUCGGCCGGCUCGACCCUCCUGCUGCUGAAGCCUGUUGGCCUUGCUGCCGAUGCCACGGAUAUUCAACCUUUUUGAUAGGGUCCAGGAUCAGGACUGUAGACCACUUUAACAAGCUCUUAUUGACAUCAGUCUGCUGAGGAUCAGAGGAGGCCUGCUCUGGUUUCUCUUUCUAGAACCUUCUCGUCCGGGCUUCGCCUUCUUCUUGAGGUUUUCUUUACCUCGGUGCUCCUGUCGGACAGCACCCAUGGGGAACCACGGCUCGAACCUGGACGAGAUCCUGGCGGAGGACAUGCACCAUUGGUACAACAAGUUCAUGCGGGAGUCUCCGUCGGGCCUGAUCACGCUGUUUGAGCUGAAGGCCAUCCUCAACCUGAAGGGUAUGAACGAGAACGCCAACAGCUACGUGGACCAGGUCUUCUUCACCUUCGACAUGGACGGGGACGGUUACAUUGACUUUGUGGAGUACAUUGCAGCCAUCAGCCUGAUGCUGAAAGGAGAGAUCAACCAGAAACUAAAGUGGUACUUCAAACUGUUCGACCAGGACGGCAACGGAAAGAUCGACAAGGAAGAACUGGAGACCAUCUUCUCGGCCAUCCAGGACAUCACACGAAACAGAGACAUUGACCCAGAGGAGAUCGUCUCACUCAUAUUUGAGAGGAUCGAUGUUAAAGGAGAAGGUGAGCUGACCCUUGAGGAGUUCAUCGAGGGAGCCAAAGACCACGAGGACAUCAUGGACAUGCUGAAGAACCUGAUGGACCUGACGCCGGUGUUAGUCAUCAUCGUGGAGGGCCGGACGGGAUGAGAGCGCAGAGCCGGAGCUGCACCGGGACCACAAAGACUGACUGAAGCAGAAAUCCUCCCCCAUUCAGAGAAAAGAAAUCAACCCUCAGCCCCUCAAAAAAAGAUAAAAGACUUGAUCUACCCCCUUAAAGUCUUCUGCUGUUUGCUGGUCAGAACAAAGCAGCAGAAAACAACAGGUGCUGAAAAUGUCUAAACCUUCUGAUGGACUGUGAUCAGUUGUCCAGCCUCAGGCUGAAAAAGGGACUGAUAUCUAACAAAGAUAUCUGAAGACUUCACCAUCACCAUCACUAAUCUAUCCAUCACAUCACGCAUCAGUUUGUCCAAAAAUGGUCAGAUCCAAAGAAUUCAAGUGGAGGUUGCGGUUUUUAAAGGUCCCAGAAAUGUCCAGGGCCGGGUAUCAAACUUCAGUACGUUAAUGGUACCAACUGAACAACAUCGAGAUCAAAAAACUCUUUAACUGUGUAAAAAUUACCAAAAGCUGAAAUCAAAAACUUUGUGGGAUUCCUCUUAACGUGUUCUUUGAUUGAAUGCUACCAGAGUUCAUUCAAAUUUUUGCCAAUUUUAGUUUGUAUUUCAACUACACUAAGCUAUUGUAUGGCCGCUGGUGUUUAGACAUUUGAGAAUUUUUGUUAAAUGAAACAAAUGUUUGGUAGAAAAACAAGUUUACAUUUCUCAAAGUAAUCGUCCUGGAACCUGGUUUCAACAUGAAGCACCAGUAUCAAAGAUUUUAGUCGAUACCCAGCCCUGAACCUUCAGCCUAAAUUAUGGGGAAAGAGCAGGGGGCUUAAAUACUUCACUUACUGUAACAUCCACCAGGAAGAUCCGUUUCUAAAGAUACUGAGUAUCUGCAGGGAUGAUUUCAAACCUCAUCAAAAGUGACAAUCAAUCAUAAAUCUGCUGUUUUAGUCUGUAUCUUCUUUAAAACAAAGGUUUGGUAUGGCUGCUUGUGUUCAGACUUUAACAUUUUAAAUGUUUUGUAGAAAACCAGGUUUCUAUGUCUCAAAAUGAGGUGCUGAGCAGAGCAUGCUGGG